AUGCCGCCCGGCGCGGAAGUAGUGUCUGAUGGCGCGUCGAGCGACUUCCCCCUCAGCGACCUAAUGGAGGUCGAUUCUCCCACGCCGCCAACGAAGGGCGACACCGCCGAAGAACCCACCUGCGGCUUCCCAACUGCGAAUACUCAUACCGAUCACGACUACAUGUCUGAGCCUAUCAUGGACCCGCAGCCUGAGAAACCACCGAUGCCGGCCUGGCUGACUGACCCUGCUGGAAGGGCUGAGAUUACCCUCGCUCCCAGUGUUGACAAGCAUCAUGUGGAAGAGACGGUCUGCGUUCACUACUGUACCCUCACACACGUGGAAUUCAUCGGAUUGAUGCAUGCAAAGCGAACCGAUCCGAUUAGCGUCCAGUAUAGGAGAGAUGCAGCGCUGAGACAGCCCCAGCCAGCGCAUCCUGCUGUAGCGCGUCGUCAACAACAAGCCAACCAUCUCUUGCCGCUACAAUAUACUGGCCUGCCUUCCGACCCUGCACCGGACGAACGCACUGCAAACGAUGGCGGCAUUCAGGAUGCGCGAGGAAGCUAUGAACAGAACGCCGGCGGUAACGGCAACGUCAGCGCUGGCACACCUCAGCACAAGCAACCAGCUCUUCCUGAUAAAAUCACCACUGUAGCUCAGACGACACAGACCUCCCAACAUGCUCAACAGAGCGACGCUGUCUAUGUCGUUCUUAUUCAGUACCAGCCUCUGGUGGAGUAUGGAGGGUCGCAGUUUGAUUUCGGCAUACACGAUCAGUACCCGAAAGUCAACGGCUUCUCUACCAUUGAGCAUUACACGAAAGCCUUCCGGCUCUCUCGCGAUGCAAAGACCUACGCCCUCAACCUGUUCACGCAGCGCAUCACUCUGGAUUAUCGCUACGUCAUGCAGAAGGCUUGGGACGACCUGAGUCUCGAAGAGAUCCGUGCCUAUGGCGUCACUGAAGAUGGCCCUUCACCACACAUCCGCGGCUUCAAGCUUUCGUCGAUCGAUGAGCCUUUCCACUGGCAAGUCCGCUUCGGCUGCGAUGAGGAGUUCUGUCGCAUUUCUGUCAUCCCGGUGCGGUGGGGCGAUCGAAGGUUAGAAAAUAUGCCCUUCGUAGAGGCGGGACAGCCCUAUGGCGGGAUGUCGAAAUCGCUGAAGCCACCGAACAAUUCAGAGAAGACGCCAGUCGGUGCGAAGGACACAGAUAGCGCGGAUGGUACCGCUUCUGCGGAGACGACCACCUGUGUGGAGCAGUUGCCCCCUGCUGAGGGUACCGUUUCUACGGAAUCUGCUGCCUCGAACGAUGGCUGA